AGCCCAGAGUGUCAAGAGCAGAGAGAGCCUGGGCACUGGACUAGGGUUGCCUAACUUAAAGGAACAGGCUCCCCAUUCCUCAAGCCCCUCUACGCCGCCCCUCCAGGCGUUGAUCCCUAUCUCCCUGUCUGAGGGCUGCUCCCUCCUGAGACUGCCAUUGGGUCCCUUCUGAGUGGCCCCCGAACACUCUUUCAACAUGAACUGCAUGUCAGAUUUCUUUACCUACGAGACCACCAAGUCGGUGGUUGUGAAGAGCUGGACCAUUGGGAUCAUCAACCGAGCAGUUCAGCUUCUGAUCAUCUCCUACUUUGUGGGGUGGGUUUUCUUGCACGAGAAGGCAUACCAGGUACGGGACACAGCCAUUGAGUCCUCCGUGGUGACCAAGGUGAAGGGCUUUGGACGCUAUGCCAACAGAGUCAUGGACGUAUCUGAUUAUGUGACCCCACCCCAGGGCACCUCUGUCUUUGUUAUCAUCACCAAGAUGAUUGUUACUGAAAACCAGAUGCAAGGAUUCUGCCCAGAGAGUGAGGAGAAGUACCGCUGUGUGUCAGACAGACAAUGCGGACCUGAGCGCUUUCCAGGCGGGGGGCUCCUCACUGGCCGCUGUGUGAAUUACAGCUCUGUGCUCCGGACCUGUGAGAUCCAGGGCUGGUGUCCCACCGAGGUGGACACAGUGGAAAUGCCUGUCAUGACGGAGGCUGAGAACUUCACUAUUUUCAUCAAGAACAGCAUCCGGUUCCCCCUCUUCAACUUUGAGAAGGGAAACCUCCUUCCCAAUCUGACCCCUGCAGACCUGAAGACCUGCCGCUUCCACCCUGACAAGGCCCCUUUCUGCCCCAUCUUGCGGGUGGGGGACGUGGUCAAGUUUGCGGGGCAGGAUUUUGCCAAGCUGGCCAGCACGGGCGGGGUUCUGGGCAUUAAGAUCGGCUGGGUGUGCGACUUGGACAAGCCCUGGGACCAGUGCAUCCCCAAAUAUUCCUUCACCAGACUCGACAGUGUUUCUGAGAAGAGCAGCGUCUCCCCAGGCUACAACUUCAGGUUUGCCAAGUACUACAAGAUGGAGAAUGGCAGCGAGUACCGCACGCUCCUCAAGGCUUUUGGCAUCCGCUUCGACGUGUUGGUGUACGGGAAUGCUGGCAAAUUCAACAUCAUCCCCACCAUCAUCAGCUCUGUGGCAGCCUUCACUUCCGUGGGAGUGGGGACUGUCCUAUGCGACAUCAUCCUGCUCAACUUUCUCAAGGGGGCCGACCAGUACAAAGCCAAGAAGUUUGAGGAGGUGAACGAGACGACGCUGAAGGCCACUGCCUCGGACACCCCGGUGUUCCCCAGUGACCAGACCACAGAGGAGAAGCAGUCCACAGACUCAGGGGCUUACUCCAUCAGCCACUAGGGCUUUAGCCUUGGACUCCAGGCCUCCCAACAGGGGACCCUCCCUGGGCUACGGGGGUGGGGGUGGGGAGGGGCUCUCAUUUCUGCUGAUCACCCUGAGGCCACAGCUGGGUGGGAGGUCUGGGCCCCCAGACCCCUGCUGCAGUCUUACCAUCACCAACCUUACCUUGCCCUGUCUGCUUCCCAGGACCCCCAGGGUCUCCCUUCCAAAGAGUAGAGACGAUAAUAGUGGUAAGUGGCCAUACGGCCUCCUCAGUGCCAGGCACUUCGCAUAUAUUAACUCAUUUAACCUUGGAAUAAUCCCAUGAGGUAGAUAUUAGAUUCCCUGUUUGGAAGAUAAACUGAAGCUCAGAGAAUGUUGUUUGCCCAAGGCCACAUAGCUGGGUAAGUGGGGGAGCUGGGAUUUGAGCCCAGGUCUGCUUAACUCCAUCGCCCACACCCCACAAGAGACGAAUGGACUCCCAGGGGCCUGUGGCCCUGCUUGCUUCAGCCUCCUCCACCCUGACCAUGCUUGGAUUCAGCUCCAUAACUAUAAAUCCCACGCUGUCCCCAGGAACUCAGGCCCCAUUUUAGGAGAGACCAGUGAGAAGUGGUGUGAGGUCUCUUUCUCUGGCUCAGGUCUCCAAAUCAUAAGGACCCAGCAAGCAUGACUGUCAGUGAAUUUUCCUUACCUCACGCCACAGCUCUGUCCCCUAAGCCAUCCUCGUUUUCUCGUACACACCCACACACAUCUGGGCCCCCUCACCUCAGGAGCCAGAUUUGGCCCGGGGGGGAUGUGGUUCCCGGACCUGGGGCUCUGCUCUGAGAAGCCACCGGUCCUCCUUUAAAACCCUGGUGAGAAGGUUCCGUGAGACCCUGGUCAACCAGGCCUAUCCCCAGGGUCCUAACAAGGUGGUCGGUCUUCCAAUGUAAGAAACUAAAGGGUCUUAGACACCAUCUUGUCUGACUCUCCUACUUAUAGAUGAGCAAACUGAGGCCAGAGAAGGAAAAUGACUUGUGUCACACAGUUAGAGGCCAAAACAGAGCGCAGGCGUCCUGGCGCCCAAGGAAGGAAGCUGGAAGGGCUGUUGAGAGGGUGUCAGGCCCACCCCUGCCUCUACUUUCCCCUCCCCCUUUCUGGCUCUCCUCUCGUCAGGGGCUCAGAAAUCUCACCAAGGCAGAGUUCGAGAGCAGAUCUAGGUUUUACAAAGCCAGAAGCACAUACAACUUGGAGCAUCUUUUUAAAAAGAAUACAACAUUCGGUAUUAGCAGGGGCUUGUGCAAGCGAACAGUCCUGAAGUGUGUUUCAUUAGCUCCAUGGUAAAUCCGCCCCUGGCAAAGCUGGAGCACGGGCAUCGCCAUGAGGUCUUAGCAGAAACGAGCUUAACUGUCAGUGGAGGGCUGGCCCCUCUACAGGAGGUGCAGAGAAAUGGGGUGGGGGCAGCUUUGGGGGUGGUUUGGGAGGAUCAAGCAGUGGGUACUUGAAAAGACCCCACUCCAGUGACCCUCCCCCACACUUCAGGGGGAGAAGGGAUAAGAUUCUCCCACACGAGGCCCGUCCCCGCUCCCCCACUUUGCCUCACCCGCAGCCCCUUCUCAGGGGUGACCCCGGAAAUCAGGUGAUGUCUGGAGACCUGAGCAGCAGGGACAUCAAUGAGGGCAGCACCACGGUCUCCCCCCGGGAGACCCGCAGGCAUCCUGGUGAAUUCAGCCUUCAAGGGCGUAGGACCACAGGGAUGUUCUCUGAGGAGGAGGUCCAGGCAGCUGCCCUGGACACACCCUCUCCCCCAACCCCUCCCUUUCCUCCUGGAGGUGCACCAGCAGCUCCUGAGCCUUUCAGCAAGUGUGUGAUCUCCUGAGUGUGAGCCUGACGUGGUCCUUCCCAGAGCGGAACGCGGUUACGGCUUUGGGUGCUGGACUUGGGGUCACGUUGUCAGCAAAAGCAGUAGCUAACUGGUCUCUGCUGCCUCGUAGAGUACUCAGUGCAAUCACCAACAUAAUCACACACACACCCUGGGGACGUUGCUGUGGUCUGUUCAUAAUCCUAUUUGAGAGAAAAAGAAACAAUACCUGGAAGUUGAAACUGGAACCCACGCUCGUUGUUAAUACUGUGUCGCUUCUUUGCUCAGCAUGAAAGCUAACAUUUAGGGAUAACUCACCAUGGCCAACCGAUGGGCUGAACGCAUUGUAGGCGUCGUCUGACUCAACCCUCAUUUCACAGAAGAAACUGAGGCUUAGCAAGGUUAAGAAACUGAAACGGUAGCGCUGGGACUUGAACCUAGAGCUGUGUGACUCUGGAGUCUGGAACCUUGACUGUGCUAUCUUUGUCUGGGAAAAACUGGGAAAUUUGUUGGCACCUUCUUUUCUCUACGGGUCAGUUAGGCUAAAGCAGGUUUUGCGGCAGUAACAAGUAAACUGCAAAAUCUCAAGGUUUAAUAUGACAAAGUAGAUCCGACAGCCCCCUCCAUCUGGUAGCUCUGUCAUCGGAGGCACAUGAAUGCCCAGAUCACUGUGGCAAGGAAAGUGAGAAUGGUAGGAUCACGGGGGAUCAUUGAACGGCCAGGCCUGGACGUGGUUUACACCGUUUCCAACCUCAUGGCAUUGGCCACACUCAGUAGCAUGCUGCAGAGCCCAAGUUUACUACGCAGAAUACCAGGAAAUGUAGUCUUCCUAGGUCCCCAGGAAGAGAAAAUGGUGCACACAGUGCUCUCUGCUUCACGGCCCCCUUCUUAAUGGUGUUUCUUCUCUAUAGCACCCCCGCUCACGCCCACUGACGGUUCCACACAUCCUUCCCUUCUGUGUUCCUUCUCUCAAAACCUUUUCUCGUUGAGUUGCCAGUCCAUGUCCCAGAGGCAUUAAUAGAUAACACACUCAGGGAUUUCUCCUCCUAAGAUUAUUUGCUUUUUAAAUCAAGGACUAUUCAAGAGUGAAAGGCGUUAAACAGCCAAAGGAAUGAAUAUAUAUAUAACUGUGGACAUUGAAGCCCAAUAACAGACAACACUGGAUAUUUGAGGGCCGUCUUACCUACCCUGGCCUGCCUC